CCCGCCUUCAUCAUGGCGUUCGAUCACUCGGAAGCCCUCACCGCCUCCCUCCGCAAGUGUGCCAUCCUAGCUGACGAGAAAAACUUCACCUUCUAUACAGAGCUUCGUCGCGUAGCUCGCAACAUCAACAGAAGGCGGUCAUUCUGGAUGUUAUUUCUCGCCACUGCAGGCAAAUUCCACUUGCACACUCCGCCCCUCCCAUUGGACAGCUCGGCCCGUGUGAUACCAGACUUGAUGUGUACGUUCCCACCAAUCACGGAGGUCGAGAUGGAUAGGUGGAUGGUGAAUGUACCGUGCGACGGGACGGCGUCGUUGGAUUCCAUCGCGUCAACCUACAACCUCGCUCACCUUGGACGUGCACUGUUCUCUACUCGAUAUGAUCACGGUAGUAAGACCGUCCGUGGGGACAUUAUUCGCUAUGCUCGGGAGACGCUUUUGGGGCCUUUGGGGUACCGCACUUUGGACGACGAUCAACAACUCGCCUGUCUUUGUGUUCGCCUCGGCCUGCGGUUUCAAGCGGUCAACUGGCUGCAAUCAGAAGCCGAGCGCCGUCAGGUUGAGAAGCACUUGCGCCUUUGUUUGGGCGCCCCAACAGGGAAACAUCCGAUGAUCACCAUCGCACCCUCAGAGCCACUUCUUGCCGAGGCAGCAACAAAAACGAUGGGCCCUUACGCAACAUGGCGUGUUGCGGAUGCGCUGCUAAAUCACGUGAAGACCUCACACAUCAGCUUAGGUUCUCAUGGUGAAGUGGUCGCGGCCGCCAUCCUUAUCGAAGCCCGCGACGUUGCUGCCUGGAAGAGGAGCGCCUCUUACAACGUGGAUCUCAAGAGCGAUGGGUUUGCUACUGGUCGUGUCAUAUCGGUCGUCGAUUUCCUCGAAGCGCUCCUAGGCAUCAACAAGGGGAUACGCAAGAUGUCUGCGAGCUGCUUCCAGACGAACGCCGAGGCUAUCGCUUUCGAAGAGGCCUUCAAGGAUUGCUACGUCAACUUCAGCCACUUCCUCCGAGCCGACAACUUUGACAUCCUCAGCCAGAUGCACCUCGCGCGCAUCAUGUGUCGCUGUGCAGCCGUCAUCUGCCCAAACAACCAGCGCGGGACCGAUCUUGUCAUUCCCGUUCUCCGGGGCAAGGUCCUGGACGACAAGAAUAUCACCGCUAUUCUCGUCCAUGUCAAAAACGACGUGACAUACACCACGACCGUCCUACCGCGGGUGUUCGACGAGAUGUGUCCCUUGGAUCUUGGCUUGUUCGCGAAGGGAGCCACCCCCCUCCCUGUCGUCCGACUUGUUUUCGCCCUAGCAUCCCCCGAGCCCGCGGUCGUGCUCGUUGACGAUGAAAUGCGGCGGCAGUCGACACACGCGCUGGCGAAGGAGUGUGGCUACGCUGCUUUCGACAUCUGGUGCGCGGGUGCCACCCGAGCGACCUUCCCGGCCAUCCAUAGCAAGAGCGGGGAGGCGUACGUCAAGGCGGUGCUCCUCACGCGCUCGAAUGGCCUCGUCUACGACCCCAUCACGUCCUCGGUCACGCGUGGUCGCAAGAGAGGAGGGCUCUGGUCGAGAAACGGGAAGCCAUGCGCCGUUCCAUGA